AUGGAGAAUGGAAAUGAAACCACAGAGAUGGACUUCAUUCUUCUAGGGCUCUUCAACCACACGCGGACCCAUCUGUUCGUUUUCACCAUGGUGCUCAUGAUCUUCAUCACCUCGCUGAUGGGCAACGUCCUCAUGAUUGCCCUCAUCUAUGCAGAUCCCAGACUCCACACGCCCAUGUACUUCCUGCUUAGCCAGCUUUCCCUUAUGGACAUGAUGCUGAUCUCCACCAUCAUCCCCAAAAUGGCAGCCAACUACAUGGUGAACGCUAGGUCCAUCUCUCCCACCGGCUGUGGAGCCCAGAUCUUCCUGUUUCUCACUCUGGGAGGUGGUGAGUGCUUCCUCUUAGCAGCCAUGUCCUACGACCGCUACGUGGCCAUCUGUCACCCACUGCGCCACCCCAUUCUCAUGAAUCAAAGGUUGUGCUUGCUCAUGACAGCAGGUUCCUGGCUCCUGGGAGGGGUUGAUGGGCUAUUGCAGGCUGUGGUGACCUUGAGCUUCCCUUACUGCCACUCUCGGGUAAUCAAUCACUUCUUUUGUGAGGCACCAUCACUUGUGCGCCUUGCCUGUGCCGACACUACAAUUUUUGAGUUGUUCAUGUACUUCUGCUGCAUCCUGAUGCUCUUGAUCCCUUUGUCUCUCAUUUUGACAUCCUAUGGUCUCAUCCUGGCGGCUGUGCUGCACAUGCGGUCCACUGAGGCCCGGAAGAAAGCGUUUACCACCUGUUCCUCUCACUUGGCCGUCGUGGGACUAUACUAUGGCACCAUUAUAUUCAUCUACAUGAGGCCCAAAUCUUAUCAUUCAGUGAACCAUGACAAGGUGGUCUCAGCUUUUUACACCAUCCUCACACCUGUGUUGAACCCCCUUAUAUACAGUGUGAGGAAUAAAGAAGUCAAGGGGGCCUUGAGGAAGUGGCUGGAGAAACAUUUUAGGUGA